UUAUUCCAGCUAAAAGAAAUAUAUUAUGCUAUUGAAAUUGAUCCUAGUCUUACAGUGGAAGAGAAGUAUCCAUAUAUGGUUGAGUGGUACAACAAAUCCCAUGCAUUGCUUAUUGAACAAGGAUUACAGAAGGAAAAACUUGCUGAAAUUGUGAGAGAGUCUGAUGUUAUGCUGAAAGAGGGGUAUGAAUUUUUUUUUGACAAACUUCAUGAACACAAUGUCCCAGUAUUUAUAUUUUCUGCUGGGAUUGGAGACAUCCUGGAACAGAUUAUUCACCAAGCAGGUGUCUACCAUUCCAAUGUCAAAGUAGUUUCCAACUUUAUGGAUUUUGAUGAUAAUGGCAUAUUGAAAGGAUUUAAAGGAGAAUUAAUUCAUGUUUACAACAAACAUGAUGGGGCAUUGAAAAAUACAGAGUACUUUAAACAAUUAAAAGACAACAGCAAUAUCAUAUUACUUGGAGAUUCUCAAGGAGACUUAACAAUGGCAGAUGGAGUGGCAAAUGUUGAACAUAUUCUUAAGAUUGGAUAUCUGAAUGAUAAAGUUGAAGAACUGCUGGAAAAAUAUAUGGAGUCCUAUGAUAUUGUUUUGGUGAAAGAUGAUUCUCUGGAUGUGGCCAACUCAAUCCUGCAAAAGAUUUUGUAAUGUUAUCAUUGUUUUCUUUUAAAAGAACCCAUUGGACAAAUUUGCAUGACCAGCUAUGAAAACAAUAAUCCAAUGCUACUUUCCAUACUAUUGCCAUUUUAUUUGAAAAAUACUGUAUUCCUCAUUAUAUUGCUCCAUGCUGUUGAAAUAUAUUUCACUGUUUAUUAUUUCCCUAUGUAUUAAUUCCAAUGGAAAUAUUGUUAAUGAUUACUGGAAAAAAUAUCUUUAUUUCUGCACAAUAAAUGAUAUUUUCAGCA